AUGACCACCAAUUUGCCCAUUCUGCUGCAAAAGAGUCGGAAAAUGCAAGACUAUUUGGAGCUGCAUCGAAGCAGCUUAUUGGAAUUGGACGCUGGUCAUGAGCAUCGUCGCAUUGUCAUCAAAGAGCAGGGAACUACUCCGCUCCUUAUUUACAGCAAUCCAGGGGGAGGCAUUGGGGAUCGCGUCAAGGGAAUUUUAGGAGCCUUUUUGUUUGCCCUAUCCACAAAUCGCGUACUCUUGAUUGACUAUCACGAGCCUGCCCAUUUGCAUCAAGUGUUGAUUCCGGCGGGGCCCAUUCUAUGGAACGCUUCCUUUUUGGAAGCAGAACAAGGAGGAGGAGAAGACGAGGAUAAUAGUAAGCAAAUGCUCAUUCUGGACAAUCAAGAAGCUCAUGAAGUGAAUCAAGAUCCAGGUUUACUGGCGUACAAGAAUCCCAAAUCCAAUUCAAAUUCCAACACUACUGCUACGACUCCUCUAUUAUACAACCGUUUGAUCCUGCGGCUCUCUACGAAUUCAUGGGGAAACUUUUCUUCUUCCAGUCUGCUGGGAGAUUUAUUGGAACCCUAUGGCAAUGUCUUUUCCCUCGAAGCUCAGCACGAUUUAUUUU